CACACAACCGAGAGGCCUUAAUCCCCAGCGUCGGUCCCUGCCCUGCCCUGCCCUGCCCUGCCCUGCCCUCCCCUGCCCUCCCGGAUAGCAUCGGUCCGGUCCUUGCCCAUCCCGGCGGCGGCGGUGGUCCCCCUGGCCCGGCCCCGCCGCCCCCCUCCCCCCAGCCCCCCGAUGGACUGAAUGAAGGCUGCCUGCACCGCCUAUCGAUGCCUCUCCAAAGACCUAGAGGGCUGCGCCAUGAACCCGGAGCUGACAAUGGAAAGUCUGGGCAGUUUGCACGGGGCGGGCGGGGGCGGGGGCGGGGGCGGGGGCGGGGGCGGCGGCGGCGGCGGCGGGGGGAGCGGGGCCGGUGGGGGCGGGAGCGGGGCCGGAGGGGCCCCCGGCCAUGAGGCCGAGCUGCUGGGCAGCCCCAGCCCGCACCACCCGGGCGGCCGCGGCGCCGGCUCCCUGCGGGUGCACCCGCACCAGGCCGACCUGGGCUCGGCGCCGGCCCGGCCGGCCGUGGUCAGCGGCAUGGCCUCCCUCCUGGACGGCGGCGGGGAUUACCGGCCGGAGCUGUCCAUCCCGCUGCACCACGCCAUGAGCAUGUCCUGCGAGGCGUCGCCCCCGGGCAUGGGCAUGAGCAACACCUACACCACCCUGACGCCGCUCCAGCCCCUGCCGCCCAUCUCCACCGUGUCCGACAAGUUCCACCCGCACCCGCACCCGCACCCGCACCAUCACCACCACCACCACCAUCACCACCACCAGCGCCUGUCGGGCAACGUCAGCGGCAGCUUCACCCUCAUGCGGGACGAGCGGGGGCUGCCGGCCAUGAACAACCUCUACGGGCCCUACAAGGAGAUGCCCGGCAUGGGCCAGAGCCUGUCCCCGCUGGCCGCCGCGCCGCUGGGCAACGGGCUGGGCUCCCUCCACACCCCCCAGCAGGGCCUCCACAACUACGGCCCGCCGGGCCACGACAAGAUGCUCGGCCCCAACUUCGACGCCCACCACACUGCCAUGCUGGCCCGCGGCGACCAGCACCUGCCCCGGGGGCUGGGCACCCCGCCCGCCGCUGCCAUGAUGUCGCACCUCAACGGCAUCCACCACCCGGGCCACCCGCAGCCGCACGGGCCGGUCCUGGGCCCCGGCCGGGACCGGCCGCCCUCCUCCUCCUCGGCCUCCCAGGUGGCCGGCGCCGGCCAGCUGGAAGAGAUCAACACCAAAGAGGUGGCCCAGAGAAUCACGGCCGAGCUCAAGCGCUACAGCAUCCCCCAGGCCAUCUUUGCCCAGCGGGUGCUCUGCCGCUCUCAGGGGACCCUUUCCGACCUGCUCAGAAACCCCAAACCUUGGAGUAAACUCAAAUCGGGCAGGGAGACCUUCAGGAGGAUGUGGAAAUGGCUGCAGGAGCCCGAGUUCCAGCGGAUGUCCGCCUUACGCCUGGCAGCAUGUAAACGCAAAGAACAAGAACCGAACAAAGACAGGAACAAUUCCCAGAAGAAAUCCCGCUUGGUUUUCACCGACCUCCAACGCAGAACACUCUUUGCCAUCUUCAAGGAGAACAAACGCCCGUCCAAAGAGAUGCAGAUUACCAUUUCCCAGCAGCUGGGCCUGGAGCUCACCACCGUCAGUAACUUCUUCAUGAAUGCCCGGAGACGCAGCCUGGAGAAAUGGCAGGACGAUUUGAGUACCGGAGGUCCCUCGUCAACCUCCAGCAGUUGUACCAAAGCAUGAUUGAAGGAAUCUAAAUUGGGCACAAGACAACUGUAAAAGAAAAGCAAGAGGAAAAAAGACCCCAGAGUCUUAAUGGGGCCCUUCACUGGUGAUUUGAAAGCACAAUUAUCUCAGAAAGAAAUUUCUAUUCUAGCUGUAAUCAUAGGACACUUGUUCUUUUUUUAUGGCUCUUUAGUCUAAGUGCAAGCUGAAAAAUAAUCUCUUCCAACCAAAUGCGAUCAUCUAAGCACGCUAAGCAUACCAGAAACAUAAAUGGGUCUCUCCGGAAACUAGUUUAUUCACUAUUGUCAAAGCCAAGCUCACAAGCUCACGAUCACUUAAAACAUCACCUUGUCUCCUUCAGGCAAAAUUCUCAUCGGAGACCGGGGGAUUUUGCCUGUGUGAGGACUUCAAAGAUUGGGCCCUAGGGUUGCUAUAUUAAGAGAAGAGCUGUAGAUGCAUGCGACCUCAUUUACUUUCCGAAUGCUUGGCCUUUUUACACCCCAGUUCACCCGAGUUCACAGUCACACCCUAAAAACCCCGAAAAUGAAAAUUACUGAGCACAAAGUUUAAAAACGGAAAUUAAAACUUCAAGAACCUGUUUUUCCAACUCGGGCAUCUUUUGGUUAAAAAAGUCAAGGAAACCUGUAGGUGAUCCAGUUUAAGGUUUCCCUUUUUUUUUUAAUUUUAAAUUCCACAUGGUCUUGGAUCAGUAAAAAUCCAGUUCACUUGAGCUCAAAGUAUCAAGCACAAAGAAGAUAAAUACAGAAAGAAAAGAAAAAAAAGGUUCUGGAUUCUCCACAUCCGCAUUUCAAGACAGUCUGAUGAUGAAGUCCUUGUGAAUAGUAUGGGAACAUGGCUUCAAGCACAUUUUGCAGUUUGCCACAAAUUCUGUGUUUGUACAUGAUGCAGACACACACUCAGGAGGUCAUUUUAACUGCUACGGUACAUGGAGCAAAUGCAACAUAAUGAAAGAUCUAGAUUCUUUUAGGUCAUUAAUGUGCCCUCUUUUGUUAUUCGUCACCCAGUCCCUUCUAUCAUGCAUUGUUACCACAGCAUCAUUUUCUUUAUCACUAGAAUACAUCGAGGCUUUUGGUUGUUGUUUCAUCUAUCCCCGUGGUAGAAUACCUCAGUAUUUUCUAGUAUUUGAGACAGGUUUGCUCAUGAUUUUCAUAUGAAACCCAAAUCCCUUUCACCGUUAAACCAUCCCCGCAUAACGGACCAUUCAAACUGGAGAAAACACAGCACACCAAAGAAGCAGAAUACUGCAAACCAAAGACAUUUAUUACUUGCCAUUUUCUAGCCUAAAAAUACUGUGAUUACUUUUAGAAAUCAGAAAGCCUUUGCAACCCCAAAUCGCAUCUGGCGCUCGCAUUUGGCUUGCCAUAUUGCUGAGCGGAAAGGCAACCCUGAGAACAUUGGCCAAGUCACACGUGGAGUGGCCCAGCCUCUCUAGCGACAAUUAAUGGUAGUCAACUUCAGUCAGCGCCUACAGUUCUUAUCGCUUACCCCAGAGAUUGCGAUGGUCACUUAAUGUGCGUAUUUACCAGUGAAUGGCCCCUUUUAGAACACCAACUACAGUGUUCAAAAGCAAGCCAAACGCUGCAAUGAUUCUUUAAAGACACUUGAGACUUUUUUUAUGUAUUACUUAAUCGAAACCAAAGAAACUUUUUCUGCACCUACUUCUUCUGCAACAACAACAACAACAACAACAACAAAACCCGUCCAUUAAAAAAAUAAAAACAAAAACCAACAACAACAAUAACAAGGAAGCACGCCAGGAAAACAACGUAACACACUCUGUUUGGACAAACCUCUUGGGACAUUUUAGGAAGCAGAUUUCAAAGAAAGGGUUGAAACCAGAAUGAAAACCAAAUUUGAAGCCUAUGUGGUUGCUGCUUCAUUCGACAACUCACUUGGUAAUCUUAAAGUUGAAGAUUGUCUUUAAUUUGUGCCUAUGCAGUUUUUCAAAAGAACAAGGAACAGAACAACCAGAACCUCAAUAGCUACAAUACCAAAGAUGAGGAUUUCUCACAUCUUUUGUUUCAGUUCAUUAUCUCUUCUUGCAUGGCUAAAAUGCUAAUAGCACCAUUGAUCUGUGUAAAGGUAACCAAUUCUGUUUCUUAGAAUCACAAGAGAAAGGGUCAUAUAUUUGAGAGGGGUUUUUUUUUUUUAAGAUUUUUGUUUUGCUUUAUGGGUUUCUACCCCAACAUGGAAUCGCUCCAUGGGAUUCCAUGAAUUCCAAGUAUAAAAUGUUGAGAUACCAACCUAAUUUCUCAUCCCCAUCCAUGAGAGUCUGUGGGAGGUUACUGUUACUUGAAUGUUUCUUGCUUUAACACCUCAAAUUAGUUCCAUGUAUGUCCAGAGCUUUAACCAUCACCCUACUCUUAAAAGAUUAUAUAUUAACAAGAUCACCUCUUCAUCCACUAUGCCAAAGAGUUUGCAAGAUAAUUACUGCUGCAUUUCCAUGUGAUUGUGACAUCCAAACAGGGCUUCAUUUAAGUUCAAACCUUAGUUCCAUUUAUGAAGAGAAAUAUAAAUAUAUGAAACUAUCUUGAGAUUGUGAAAGAGAUAAAAAAGAUAUUGCCAACAAAAGUCAUGUUAUUACUGAUUUGAGUCCUAUGGCUGUGAAGGAUUAUGGUAGUUUUCCAUGCCUUUUGCGAGACAGAUAGCUACUGCAGACAAAUAUUGUUUGAAGAUUGCUUUGAAACUAUCUGGGUAGAGUUAAAACAGUAGUUGAAAUUUCUAGUCAAUGAAAAAUGAGUUUCAAUAUGCAAGUUGUUCAUCAUUAAUUUUGUAGUCCUCAAUCUUCCAAAUCACCACCCCAAACAAGUUGUCAAGCCCCAUCUAUUAUUUGGCCCCAGACUCAGAAUGUCUCCAAUGAUAGUCAUUUGAUGCGACUUCAUGGGAAUAUUCACCACAGAGCUUUCCUAUGGAUUGUCAAUGAUAAGAACCUAGUCUUUUCCCUAGCAACUUCCACAUCAUCCCCUCCAGGUUUUCGCUGCACACAUUAAGUGCUCAAUAAAUAACCACUGAUUAAUUCUGAAUUUCCCCACUUGCUGGAAAUGCUGAAAUUAUUUCUAUCAAGGGAGAAAUCCAGCAUUUGCAGAACUUCCUGAGCUCACGUUGCUUCAGGCACAUCAGGUUUCCUCAGGGUGAUGACUACCAAUUAUAUUGAAAAGCCUGAAUGCAACCACAGUCAGUUCUGGGGCAAGAAGCAUCUCCUCAGUGGUGAGAAGCAAAGUAAGUUUAGGGAGAACUGGAUUCUUCUGGAGUUUCUGUCCUUGGAAGCUCUAUGAUUUUAGUACAUCUCUCUCCCCAUGUAUGUUACUCCAUCUGAAUCCUUAGUACCUCUGGGAGCGGAGUGGAAAGUAUAAGCAGGGAGACUAGAGCGCUCAAUAUCUCGUAAUUUAACAUAUGCUUUUAGCCUGAAUGAAUUUUCCUUUACUUCCCACUUAUUGUGAAUCUCAUUUUUAUCAUUUUUCAAAGGACUAAUAGAAGGAAAUGUCCUAAAGAAAGGAAAUGUUAAAUAUGGAAGAUCAUAAAGGUGAGAUUCAUGGUGGAUUUUUUUUUCCUAAAUCCCAGGCUAAAAUUUGAAUUUUUGGCCACUUGGAUUAAUGAGAAAGGAAACUGUGGCUUUAGGUUUAGGAAAGGUGGAUCAUUUCUAUUGCAUUUAGUAAACAGUUCUUGUGAUUAUGUAACCUUGGCAUUCGGGACCUUGAUGCAUUCUAAAUUCACAGAAAAUAUCUAGAGCAAAGGGCAUGUUGUUUUUGGACAUUUCGGUAGUACUUUCAACCUCUUUCUAGAUCACCAGUUGUGACCAAGGAGUGAUUUUUGCAGGAAUUGACUUCAAUAAUGUUAAAGUAUACAUCACAGGGAGAAUCUCGCCACAUUAAAAAAAAAAAACCCUCAGAUUUUCAAGUCCAUGCUCUGUGACCUGAAUUCCAAAAUUCAGAGGGCUAUGAUUUAUUGUAAAAAAGAACCUUAAGAAUGUUAUACAGUCAGAUAAUGGAAAGUAGCCCUGAAAUUGUCUUGAAUUUCCAUUUUAAUACUAAGUAUACAUGUUUGGGCUUAAAAUCUCCAAAAAGCCCAGAUCUCUGAAGAGGGAUGGAAUGGACUGGAAAUUCUGACUUGACUCUUAUUUGCCACAGAGACCUACAGUUAUGGGCUUCAGCAAAACAGCAGAAACAGUAUCACUUAGGAGUAUACAUUUGUCAAAUAUCAGUUAAACCAAGAGUCUGAAAUCCACCAACACAAGGGAGCUCAAGAUUUAAAAAAUAAAAGAAAAUACGUUUGCCACAUAUGAUUGAAUAUUACUAGGUGUGUUCCAUUAUAAACGUGUCUGUUCAAUUGUACCAUUAAAUGCCCAUCAUGUGAUUCACAUGCAAAAGUACAUGGCAAAAUUGCAAGGACAUGGGAAACUGAUGGAAUUACAAGGGCACCCGAUGUCAUUGCCAUGUAACGAUAGCCGUUUCAGUGUCCCCACAUUCAUUUGUUUUUCAGGAAGUUGUACUGUAUGAAGGCUUUUUUUCUGACAAACAGCUGUCUUUAAACAAUGGAAUGGAGAGAAAAAUGGCACUGUAACUGUGUUGUCAUGCUGUGUGUACUAAAAAAUAGAAAAAGAAAAUUGUGCAAUUAUUCAGGUUUGCAAAGUGGUUUCUGAACAAAACAGCCUUGCAGAUAACCAAAACACAAGACCUAGAAAGGUUCUUAACAAUCCAGUCUCAGAGAUGGUGAUUCUAUUUAUUUUACUGUCUAUGGGCUUCAGGCUGGGUAGAUGGGGUAUGGGAGAAAGCAGUCUAAUCAAAAGCAACACUUGCAGACUUGCAAAGAUUUUAUAUUUAUCAGCAAGGCUUUAUUGAUGUGUCACAUUAGACUCAAUCUGGGAUCAACCCCCUUGAACUGGAAAUCGUACGUCCGGAUCAAAGCCUACUCUUAUUCUAUGCUUCCAUAGUGAUCUUUAAUAGUGGAAGAGGAAGCACUGCAGUUCACAGGAGAAAACAACUGAAACCUUGUCUGCUUUCCCAUAGCUGGCCCAGUCAUCCUGCUCCUCUACACUGGAAAUUUUCUUUUUCUAUUUUUUAGACCACAUCGUGUGUUUGACUCUAGACUCAGGCAUACUAAUGAGAUACAAAAGCUGCUAUUAAAAUUCUGCUGAAUCUCUCGGGAAGUGGAUAAAAACUCACAUAUAAGGCCAAUACUUUAGGCUUAAUGCUCUCUUUGGAUUCCAUUUAGCCUGAAUAGCAUGUAUAGAAAAAUCAUUGACUGUUCAGAGACCCUCGGUAAUACCUAUGACAGAGUGAGGGAGGUUAAAUAUCUAUUCUCAGCUUUAUCCCCAAAUUCUGAGUUGGAUGGUUUAAACUAAUCAGUUAAUAUCUUCUUAAUGUAGGAGCUAAUGGGAAUCGAUGUAGUGCUGCAGGUUUGGGCCUCUUGUUUUGUCGGUCAUCCCAUUAAGGUCUUUCAUCCCAUCAUUUACUGCAACAGGCCUUUACGUAGCACGGACCACAGAGGCAAGUGUUGCUGAGAGCAUGUUUGGUAUGUGGGUACCAAAAUGAGUACAGAUUUGUAUAAUGUAGACAGGUGUUCACAUAUGUCCACAGAAUAUAUAAAAAAUAGUGCUUUAUCUACAAACAUAUAUAUGUAUUUGUCAUGCAUGUAUAUGUUUACCUUAUUUAAUGCCUACUCAAAAUAAAUGGAAAAAGGCUACUUCAUAUGGAUGUGUUAGAUCUUCCAUAUGCAUCUUUUUUAAUUUAUUUGCUGUACUUAUUUAAAACCAAAGUUCAAAAAUCAAAUUGUAUCCCAGCAUCUUCAUGUAUACUUGGAAUUACUAUCAUGGGCACAUCCAAGAUGAAUUCAACUUUCAAGAAACCUUGGAUAUUGUUUAAUCAUCUGUGAAGGAACAAAGAAUGUGCUUGAUUACUUCGGUUGAAUAGCUUUAUUAUGGAUCUCUCUUAACUGAAGCGAAAUCCAAAGACCUGAGAAGGACUAAACCAGCAAAGCAAAGCUCAAACCUAUCCAAGGAAGCAAGACUCUCUCCUUUACCAGCAGGUCGAGGCAGCAGUUACUUGGCUUUGGAAGGGCUGGACUAGCUAUGGAAAUAAAGUUAUUUUAUUUUAUUUUAUUUUGUUAUUUGCUUGUCACAAUAGCUAAGCAUUUUGGGGAAAGUGAAACAACUUUGUCGAUUACUUUGCCUGCUUUGUAUUGUUAGGGGAUUGAAAAAUGUCAUUUUUUUCUUUUAAGGAUGAAGACACAGACCUUUAAGAUGGUUUUCUUUUUUCUGACACGCUUGGGUAAUAACCCAAUAUAUUAACUGUUAAAUACUAUAAUUUAUUUAAUUAGUUUAGACCAAAAAAUUGGACUUUGGGUAAUUAUUUAAAUGAUUUUGAAUUAGUUUGAUUUUAUUCAUUGUACUUAUUUAUCAAAAUCUAGACUUAGUGCAUCAGAGAUGCAAAUCUUCUUGUUAGAAUACUUUGAAGUUAGUUUGCUUUAUAAAGCAGCCAGAUUCUGUUACAGACAGGGAAGAAAUACAGGUUACAAAAAAGACAUUUGAAGUAUUUUUCUUCUUCUAUUAAUUUUUUCAAUUGUUUGAAUAACAACCGUUAAAUUAUUUAAAUUAAGCCCACAGCCACACCUGGUCAGAAAGUGGGCCUCAGCUUUUAAUUAUUGGGGCACAUGAAGCCUUCAUAAUGUAACUUAUUUAUUUAACUUAUUCAGUACCUGCUGCAGGUGCACUUGUAUAGUUUAUAUUUUUUAUUUAAAACAACUUGAAGCACUACAAUUUAUUUGCUGUCGGAACAACAGAGCGAAUUUUAUGGGCAAGCAAUGAAUAUUCAACCUGAAACUGUGCAUUCAGCAACAAAAGGGAAGAUAUUGCUUCUCUUGCCUGAACUUUGGGGCUUCUUCAACAUAAACUGGAAAAAAAAAUUUAAAAUCAUGACGAGCAAAAAGAGAGAAACCCUUACACUAGCUGCUUCCAAGAAUGAACUCUGUGUGUGUAAAAAAAAAGCAGAAAAAAGAAAAAAAAGAAAAACUUUCUAUUUCUAGUGAGAACCAAAGAAGGCUACCUCACUGACUUUCCAUUUGUAAUUUUAAUCGUGUUGAUGAUACCAAAGAUACCAAAGAUUUCUUUCUCUGUGCGGUCUGCAUUUUGCUUGUGCUCUUUUAUAGUUUGAACUAUUCUCUCUGACAUAUGGUAUGUACAGCUACAGCUCAGAUACCCCAAAGAAAUAAAUACCUGUGUGGUGAGGUCCUGCUAAUUUGGGAGAAGGAUAUUUUCUGUGAUUAUCUUUUUGGUUUGUGGACAACUAAGAAAAGUGCCCAGGUGCUGAAAAGCAAGUUCCUCUGACCCAAUCUUUAAAUCCCUGCAAACUUCUAGGACAAAUUGAGGUUCUAAUUUGGAGGAUGGGAGUCAUUUGUGUUGAGAAUUGGUUGGAAAUGAAUGUAGCUUUUUUGAGCUAUUUCUGGCAUUCCAGGGGUGAUUUAAUAAAUACAAAGUAAGAAUGAGGUGGCAAAAAGCUAGAAAAAUAAGUAGCUGGAAGUUUCUCAAUAGAAAGAAUUGUGAAGAAGUCCUAAUUUAGUGGAAAAACACUUUUCCCAUUUUCACCCUGUGAAUGAAUAUUCGGUGUAAGGUAUCGUCAGAUUUUCAAUUUCUGAAUCUCUAAGUCCAGAUAAAGGAAAGAUGAAAACAUGGCUUUUGAAAUGUCCUUUUCAUGGCCUUAUGACCUCUAUCAUGUAACUAGCAUGCUAUGACAGAAUAGUUUCAUUCAUUUUGAAGAAAGUUGCACCCACAUUCCUUAUGGGAUAGGCCUGGGGAUAUUUUUGAAAGAAAACCCCCUCCUUUACCUCUAUGACAUACAUGGAAGAUUUGACUGGAAAAAAGGUCACUUUCAUCAUCAUUCAUCAUGAUACCAUGUACGGGUCAUCAAUCGUCAAUGGAUUUCAACCCAUUGAUAUUGUGACGUAAAAUACAUACAUUGAAACAAUCAGUAUUGAAUUUUUUUUUUCAGUGAUUUCAUCAGUUAGACCAAAUCCAAGAUUUCUUCAUAAAUCCCAUUCACACCAGCUGAUGCUCAAUGGAGUUUUAGGUAUCUAACGAGUCAGAAUGAAUGCUGCCCCCGCUUUCUUUUCCAGAAAUGAACAGUGACCUAGAAAUACAUGCUUACCAAAGAAUCUACAUGCCAGGUUAAGAAAUGGUUACUUAACAGUUGCCUCUUCCUGUCAUGAAAUUAAUUUCUGUUCUUUUUAUUUGUUUCUUUUCACCUCCAUUCAGAAAUGGUUACUUAACAGUUGCCUCUUCCUGUCAUGAAAUUAAUUUCUGUUCUUUUUAUUUGUUUCUUUUCACCUCCAUUAAAUGAUUAAAUUGCUGUUAAGAUCCAUUCAUCAGAAUGGACUUGUCUGUUAGCCAAUGAAAACAUUCUCACCCCUAGAUCAAAUGGGUUUUAGACACAUGCAAAUAACUGUCUCGUCCACAAGACUAUUUACCGAGUAAUAGUACGAUGCACUUUCACUCAACAUAGAACUCAGUCUCUGAGCUCUUAAAUGGACCAUUUAGUCACAGUGGCUGGCAAAAGAGCAGCCUUAUUAGAUCAUCCAGGUCAUACCCUUGCCAAGGCAGGAUGUAAUGCUUGGUAAAGGACAAUAGCACUCAAUCGGGUACAAAAGGCUGUGAAGAAGCUACUGUAGAGAACAGCUGUUGCUUCCCUGCCUGAAUCUGCAAUGCACCCAUCCUGUCAUGAUCGCCAUUUAUUUUCAUCUCUAAACUCAACACAAAUGCUCUUCCUUCUCCCCAAACUAGGUCCAAUAAUGAAAGCUUUCUUUCCUCAAGAGACCAGAAUGGCAGGGUAAAAGAGCUUUGGCUUUCAGAUUCUCCUGUCUUGGAGCCAGAGUUCUCAGGGGGCCUGCUAGGUUUAGAGGAAAUGAUCUAUUCAGUGCAACUCUUUCCUCUCUCACUUCCCCAACCUGCACCCAAAAACACAUUUAGAGCCCGACGGCAGCCGGAACACAGAAAAAUAUCCCAAAUUGGCAGAGUCCUCUACAGCAAUCGCAUUUCCUAUCAGACUCAUGCUUCACUUGCAAAGUGUGACAUAACCAUGGGACGAGUGCCUUGCUUGAACCAAAGCAACGACUUUGCCAGUCUGGACCUCUCUGUGCUUUUUUUAUCCUUCCUGUGAAUAAUACCUCAGCUUCAACUGGGCCUCCAUACUGUACCUGGUGGGCUUAUUGUACUGUGGUGCUUUGCAAUGCAACCCUGCAAAGAGCAAGAUUUGUAAUAAUACCAAAGGUUCUUUCUCUAGUCCCUCCUCUUCUGUCUCCUCUUGUUCUUCUCCCUUUUCUAUUUCUUCACGGUUCCAAAGCUUUAAUAUAAAACUGGGCAUGUUGGCAACGCAGACCGCGCAAUUCCUUACCGAAUUUUCUCAGAUAUACCUCAUAGAUAAUAGUGUUUAGAGUAAUGUUAUUAUAGCGUAUGUAAUAAAUUAUUCACUGUUUCUUUUGGUAACUGUGAUUUAAAAAAGCUUUAUACGUUUUAGGUUGUGCUUUUGUAAUAGACGAAAAGGUGCGCUUAAAAAUGUAAGUCAUUUUUUUCCCCUUUGGAUUUUAUUUAUUAUGGAUUGGGGAAAAUUGCAGAAUGAGCCCAAAGUUUACAGUUUCAUAUUUUGCUGAAGAAACAAUCUGUGUUCAUUUGCUCUGUUGAAAAAAAUUAUUUUCUACAUUUGUGCUACUUGGUCUGAACAAUUAAUUGUUCUGUGUUAACGGUGUAAUAUUAUAAUUAGCAACUGCCAAUCAGUGCUAUAAUUUUAUGCAUGAGGCUAAAAACCUAGCAGUGUGAUGCAUUGUGGUUCUUAAUAGCAACAUUUUUCAUUUGGAACUAGGUCUUUCCCUUUUGUUAAAUGGACUUUAUUUAUGCAUGGGAGCCUGUUAUUUGUUAGCAAUUGUGGACAAUUGUGUAUACAUUAAACUGUGAAAAUGUGCACAGUUCAGCCUCGGACAGUGAUGAUAUUGGUUUACACUGGGAGAUGUCUCACCCUUAAAAUACCUUAAGAUCAGUAUUUGUAUAAAGUUGGAUUCUUAUUGGGUUCAGAUACCAAUUUGGGGUCCCUAAGGCCCACGUGCACCUAGUUUAUGCGUGAAUGGUUUCAAAAUACCCAUAGAAAAUUGAUUAACUGCAUUUUUUUUUCACCUCAAGGAGUUCCUUUGGCUUUAUGGCAAUAAACACCAUUAGACAGAACAUGCAAGGUAUCUGGAGGAAAAAAAAAUCAUCCAAAAUGUAAAUUUCUCCUAUUGUUUUGGCUGGGAAUGACCAUUUUUGACUCUUUGAAACUGGUUCCUUCUUAUAUUUGUAAGAGGGUCAGGACACAGCUUGAACCAAAACAACUUCAGAAUGAGCAAGCCCACUGUAGCUUUGCCGCCUGUUACCAUUAACGACAAUGCAGGCUCUUCCAGUGAUUCAGUCUAAAGGACAUGAUUGGAAUCUACACCCAUAUGCCUUGCCUAUGCAACUGUACUUCCAUUAUCUUUAGAGUCAGACAUGCAAAAACUCAUUUUACCUAAGUCUUACUGAAAUAAGUUUGCAUAGAUUUCCCCCCUACUCUCUGGGAUGGAGUCUCUGUCUCAUUCCUCUCUUCCUCUCAAUCUUGGCUUCUUAAGGUUGAUAAAAGUACAUUUCUGGACAGUAUUCCAGAAAUGCUACUAUGAGCCAAAUGCCCUCAUUUCUCUGAAACCUCCCACACCUCCAAAAUGAUGGUUUAGCAGCACCAGGAUUGAUAAAUUCAUCUUCUUUUAUAACUGGGCUCCGACACUCAGUUGGAAGGUUCACACUGACUUAACCCAUCAACCACGCUUAACAUAAAGCCAAAUCAACUACCAAACACACUUUACUUUGCAUAGGAGACUGCGACUUAGUCAACGAAUAGUUUAAAAGUGGCAGUCUGCUAUGCAAGACAUUUGAAGUCAACGUCAGUAGAGUGUCGAUAUUGUCUGUCAUUGAGAAUAUAUUGGAAAUGUGCUUUCAUUAGUGCAAAAAAACAAUUUUUUAUUUGGCCUUAUAAAGUAGCUUGUGAUAAUGAGAGCUUUGUAAUAUAGUCUGUUUAUUUUUUUUUCUUAUUUAUCUGCCAAAGAUGGUAAUGGAAACAAGGAUUUUAAAUAGGUUUUUGUAAGACAGUUAAUGAUUGUAAUAGUGUUUAAUCUUCCAGAAAGCUUUAUAUGUUCUUCCGCAAUAAGCCACAUCGAUAUUUGUUUCAAUAAGUUCUCCCCAUGCUAACAGAUCCACAGACUAUUCCUACCAAUGCGGAUGUUGUAAUAUCUUCAAAGUUCAUAAUGCAUUUUCAAUCCAAAGAGAACCAAGGGGUAUGUGAGACAACUGACAGUGUCCAGCACUGUUGAACGCAAACAAUGCUUGGGCCAGCUCACUAAGAUUUGCCAAGAAUACUUGUAUGAUGAAAUUUAAGGUAUAUUUUAUUAUGCCAUUUUAUGUCAUUUUUUUAACUUUGUGGAAGGUGGUAUGUUGAAUCGAGUGUAAGCUGAGUUUUCCAGACAAUUAAAGUAGCUACAUCGUGAAUGUUAUUUUAUUAUUAAAGGGUUUUUACUCAA